UGGACACCGACUAAGUAUUCGGCUGUUUAUUAUUGUGAUGGCAAAGUAAUUUGGGCAAAGUUCAAAUCUUUCCUGAGUCACAUAGUAGACAAGCACACCAAUUUGGAUAAUCCACUGUUUUCAAGUUGUUUUCAUGGCCCUGAUAUUAAACCAAGGGAAUAUUUGUUAGAAGGUUCAGUUGCUCAUGAAAAGCUUAGCGCUAAAUUGUUAAACCCACAGCUGAUGAAGUCAAUUCACCAGGCUUCACCAGUUGCUCAAACAAGUUGUUUGGAAGGAUUCCUUUCUGUCCUGAAUCAUUUUGCUCCAAAAAUGAUUCAUUAUUCCUAUGUUGGAAUGUAUUGCAGACACAUUUUGGCAUCCAUCCACUUCAACAACAACUUAAGGCGUGAUGUAAAGAUGAAGAAUGAUGGCACUUUCCAAAUAAAUGUAGUGUAUCCAAAGUCUAAAAAUGGUGAAGGAACUGUGAGGGAUGUCAGAGUUAAGUCCAAAUUUGAGUAUGUGGAUGAAUUAUUUGAGAGUGUGAUGCUGUCAAUAAAAGACAAAGCGCAUUAUCAAAUUCACAAAAUCUUUUGAAAGAAAUGUCCCCACCAUCAAUGAAUGUCAUGCUGCAAAAGCAACCCAGAGCUGAGGUGUUACUAAAACAGGUCCGUUGAAAAUGCAUUGUGGUCAAUGAUGUCCCUCCCUCAAUUCCAGGUAAUUAAUAAUGAUUAUAUAAGAUGUGGUAGCUAAACAUGGUUUGAAAAUCAUUUUAAAUAAUGAAAAUGUUUUGUUUCAUGCCAGCAGCUACCAGUGUGCCAUUCAGCUGUCAGUCAAAAGUGGCAGUUUCAAA